AUGACUUCGCCUACUGGGGGCGAGGUAGUGAAUAUAGUCGGGGGUGGCCAAUUCCCAAAAAUUACGGCGAAGUCGACCGAUGACUUCGAGGUCGGUGUCACUCUUGGGACUGGCUCAUUCGGUCGAGUACGCUUUGCGACGCACAAGGACACAACGACUCAAUGGGCGAUCAAGAUUUUGAAGAAGAGUGAGGUCAUUCGUUUACAACAGGUGGAGCACAUUAUGUCCGAGAAGACGAUCCUUGAUCAGUGUAAGCAUCCCUUCAUUGUGCAUUUGGCGUGCACCUUCCAAGAUAAGCGGCACCUAUACAUGGUGCUCGAGUAUGUCAUUGGUGGCGAGUUUUUUACACACCUUCGGAACGCUGGACGCCUCGACACUAUCUCCUCUAAGUUUUAUUCCGCGCAAGUUGCGUUAAUAUUUGAAUACCUCCAUACUCACGACUUUAUUUACCGCGAUCUCAAACCGGAGAAUCUUUUGUUGGACAAAGAUGGAUAUAUUAAAAUCACCGAUUUUGGUUUUGCUAAGCGGGUUGUGUUUAAAACGUACACUCUCUGUGGCACACCUGAAUACAUCGCCCCAGAGGUAUUACUCAACAAGGGCCACGGCAAAGGCGUAGAUUGGUGGACCUUGGGGAUCCUCAUGUACGAAAUGAUGGUCGGGCAGCCUCCGUUUGUUGAUGAUGAUCCAAUGGGCAUAUACCAGCAGAUCUUAAAUGGAAAGUUGAAUUUUCCGCGCUUCAUAGAGCGAAGUGCCAAGUCAUUGAUCAAGAAAAUGCUGGUUGCUGACUUGACAAAAAGGUAUGGCUGUCUCAAGGGUGGAGCUGCAGAUAUCAAGAAACACAAAUUCUUCCAGGGUCUAAUCUUUGACGACAUGCUUUCGAAGCAGCUUGCUGCGCCUGUACUCCCCCUUGUGAAAGACGAGUAUGACACCUCCAACUACGACGCAUAUCCAGAUUCGGUGGAGCAGCCUCCAAUUCCUGUGUACGCUGGCGCUGACCUAUUUGUCACCUUCUAG